GGCACAAAGAAUUAAUGAACGAGGGAGUUUUAAACUCAAUAAAAUAAAUAAACACAGUAUGUAAUUAAUUAGUUUUCGACUCGUUUGCCCUCCACAUUUAUGAAGACAGAUAGGUCAAUGGUGCAAGGUAAACAGUAAUUGUAUCCGGUAUGGCCAGCAAUCUGUGCUUUCUCUGUUUGCAAGUUAUCGCCAAGGAUAAGAAAAGUGAUGGCGGAACAUGUAUCAAACUGGGCACUUUGUGCGAAUUACUAGCGCCUUCGAGUUCCAGUAACAAUCCAACUUGUCAUGGUCAAUUUGAUGAGGACGAGACGUGCGGAUUCUGCCCAAAUUGUUAUCAUGUUGUUGGCGAAGUGGAAGGAAUUCGUGAGCAAAUUUCUCUACUGGAGGAUCAAGUUAAGCUAAAAGUUGGGCAAAUUAAGGACAAAAUUUCGAGUUAUUCGCUGGAUGUAGGAGGGGAUAAAAUCCUGGAUAUUAGGAAUCGUGUAUUUCUUAUGAUAACAAGUUCAGGAGAGAUUGGCCAUCAGCAGGAUGACAAUUUUUUCCCGAGUCAAUUCCAACUCAAAGUGGAACACGAAGUGGACCAUGUCGAUGAUGACCAAUUGUUUGAGCAGUUUAAUAAUUCUUACGGAAACACGACCUCUAACCAUGAGCAUGGUGCUAAAGAAGAGGAUGAUGAGUUCGAUCAAACUGGCGACGACUUUGAGGACGAUGACGGUUCUGACUUUUGCAUCACACCGUUUGCUAAGAAAAGUCUAAAACAUGUCACAACCAAGAGGAAAAAGAAAACCUCGCUAGGAAAUACAAACAAAAAGAGGAAACGAUCCUCGGAAGUUCAACCCAGGUUGACGAAACGUAUUAAGCGUGAGCCUCGACCAAUCCUCGAACGGACACGGUCAUCCUCUCGAGUCAAGAAGCCUGUACUUCCUCCUAUUGAAGUUAAGAAAAUUCUCAAAGUCGCUCUGGAAAGAAUCCCUCCAGUCAAAAAACCCAAAAAAGUUUGCCCCUACAAAUGUACUUCUUGCACCGCUGCUUUCUCCACUCCGAGCGGCCUUACUCGCCACAUAGGAAUGGCUCAUGGUUCAAUCCCUUGUUCCUCUUGUGGCGCCACGUUCUCCUCGACGGAUGAAAAAUACGCCCACUUGAGAGAAGCCCACAACAUCCUCCCCCACCAGUGCACCCUCUGCGGCAACAAGUUCCGCUACGAAGGUCGACUUGCCGUGCACAUGGUCAUCCGACACGAAAAGGGAGAGAAGAAAUUUUCCUGUGUCAAAUGCGGCAAGGGCUUCGUCCUAGAAGAAAAUUUUAAGAGACAUGUGGCACUGCAUGAAGUCGAAGGGAUCAAACCGCUCGUUUGCGACGUGUGCGACUCCAGAUUUGAGAACGAGGAAAGAAUGGAGAUACACGUUGCGACGCAUGGACCGAAAUACCCGUGCAAUCAAUGUGGGAAGAAAUUCCACACCAGGCCGAUGUUGGCGAGACACAUGCUCACCCACACGAGCGAAAAAUUAGAGAAAUGUCCCCUGUGCUAUGCCUCAUUCCGGGAUAAAAUAACUGUGGAACGCCACAUCGCCCGGAAGCAUUCCAAUAACCCGUAUAACCUUAUUUGUCACAUUUGCGGAAAGGCGUUCAAUAUCCCCUUCGAUCUCAAAUCGCAUAUUGACCGGCAUGAGGGGAAAUUACAAGUUACUUGCGACACGUGUGGGGAAAAACUUCCCGACAGAAAUGCACUGUCAACACAUCAUGUCAGGGUGCAUGGAGCGGACCCUUUAGUUUGCGACGAGUGCGGCGCAGUGUUCACUACGCCGUCCGGGUUAAAAACCCAUAAGCAGACUCAUGAGGGGAUUAAGCCAUUCAAAUGUGAUGUUUGCGACGCUCGUUUCCUCAGGAAAACGGCACUGCAGACUCACAUGACAUCGCACACGGGAGAACGUCCUUUUCCCUGCUCUCAUUGUGAGAAGGCCUUCAAAACUAGGAGUCAAGUUAAUCAGCACGAAAAACUAAUUCACACGAACUUUGUAAGACCCACUCCCCACAAGUGCCCCCACUGCGAUAAAGCCUUCCCACGUAAGUCUUAUCUCGAGGGUCACAUCCGUUCCGCCCACACGGGCGAGAGGCCCUUCGUUUGUGAAGAGUGUGGAACUGGGUUCGUGCUCAAGUCGAUGUUAAAUCAGCACUUGAAAGUGUCGCAUGGCGUGGGUGUGACCACGGAGAAGAAAGAAAGACUGCCCAGGUCGAAGAGAGACCUCGACCGUGUAGACUCAACUGACCCUUAUUCAGAGUGAAGUUGCCAUCUCAUCAUAAAUAAAUAUCUGGUCAAUGAUAAUUUUCUAAAAAACUUGAUAAAGGUUAGUGUAGCCUUUGCUAGUUUUGUAUAAAUUCUUGCCCUAAGGUUUUGUAAUACAUACAAAUUAAUUUUUUGAAUUUGUAUGAUUUCUGUAGAGAAUAUGAUAUUGGAUUGUCAUGAUUUUUGCUAUAAAUUUAAAAUGUUAAAAAAUUCACAAGAUGGGUAUCAGUAUUUGUAAUUACAAGAUCAAUAAUACAAGGUCGAGUAUAAACAGGCAAA